GAGAGGGACAGGCGCAGCACCAGAUCGCUGCGUAGCGGGCUCGCGCCGAGGUGCGGCACGCUCGAAGCGGCCUGAUGGGGCAGGGCCUGCCCUAAAUGGACGCGAGCCGUGCCUGGGCCAUCCCACGUUGCACUGCCUCGUCACACCUGCCCCUGAUCUCUUUGUGCUCGACGUCGCACGAGGUCCUUAGGGCUGUGCGCUUCUUGCCGCAUCUCCACCUCCUCCCUCUUUCCUAUCCCCCGCUCCUCGGUCCUCCACCCGCUUUCGCUUGCGCCCGCCAUGACGUGGCUCGACCCCGACGUGACCGAGGGCGACUUUCCUUACUCGGAGCGCGUCAUCGUCGUCUUCCUCGCCGCCACUCUGCUGGCCGUCGCGGCCCUCUCCGGCGUAGCGUGGGGCUGGUGGGCCGGGAUAGGCCGCCGUCGCUGGCAGGCCAUGACGGAGAAGGAUGCGCGUGCCUGGGACGCAGCCAUCGAGCAGGCGGCCAUGCGCCGUCGCCAGCAGCUCAUCGCCUCAGAGGCGGGCUCGCACAGCACUUCGCGUGAGCAUGCCUCGGCCUCGCUCUCGACGCACAAGAGCGCCGGCACGCUCGGCACGUUCGAGUCGUUCGCCGCGUCCGACCGACACCUGCUGGCCGCUCCGCCGCCGGGCGGCUUCUCGCCGCCGCAGCUGGGCUCGAGCCCGCCCGUCAGCGCCGCAAACAGCCGGCCGGGCACAGCGGCCUCGUUCCGGCCCUUCUCUGGCUCCUCCUUUCGCGACAGUGCAGGCUCGGAGAUCGGCCUGCUCACCGAGCCGCUCGUCGCGCCGCGCUCGCGUCCGCCUGGUCCGGCUGGACCACGUCGCCUGCAGCCGUCGCAGCUAGCUGAGUCCGACCUCGAGCAGGGCCUCUCGCGCUCGCUGUCCUGGCGACACCGGCGUGCGCAGCAGACCACUGCGCCGAGACUGUUUCCAGCGGACGAGGUCCUCGACGACGAGGCCAUCGCUCCUCACGCCGCGCUCAUCUCCUCGACGUCUCGAGCACGAGCCAGCGUCUCGCUCACGCGGCAGGUCUCAUCGACGUCUCGAGGACGAGCAAGCGUGUCGCUGGCGCGGCAGGCCUCGUCCAAGUCGUACAACGGGCGAGCAGCUGGCAGACACGGCGCCAAGGCGUCCAUCAGCAGCAUUCGCGGCGGCCAGAACGUCUCUCGCGACCACCGCGCCAUGCCAGACUUGCACCCCGCAUCGCAAGCCGUCGGCGCUCGCCGGGCGCUGCAGCAGCGGCAGGCCAACGACAGCGCCGUCACUCGCGCGUCCGUCGGGCCGCCUUUGUCUGCUGUGCGCAGUGCUCCGCAGUCUUGGCGGGCCAGCGAGGUGCCCGAUCCGAUGCCGAGCAGCGUGCAGGGCCAACGGCGCGGCAGCGGCUUCUUUGCUCGUCUCGGCGACUUCGUCUCUGGCGGCGACUCGAGCAGCUCGGGCAGCCACGACAAGCCAGCAUCGCUGGCACUGCAGCCUAUUCUUCCUCCUUCGCCGCGCUCGCAGCGAGCACUGCCGCCGCCCGAGACGCCGAGCACGUUCGACUUCCCCAACUCGCUCGCCUAUCCGCCGCUGCAGCCCUCGACGCUCGCGAGCCAGCGCAGUCCGAUGCACAGCGCGCAAGCCGGCUUCUACACGCCGCAGGCGCCGCGCGGCUCGGUGCCGACAACGCCUCGCUCGGCACUCCCAACGACGCCGCGCUCGGCACUCCCGACCGCGCCAUUCUCGCUGCCUGCGCCCGACUCGGCAGCGCACCCGGCGUCGCAGCGAAAUGCGCGUCCCGAGACGCUUGUGCGCUACGAGCCGCAGGACUCGUCGCCCGGCUUGCUGUAG